AUAUCCUCAUAGUUGGCGAAUGAUCUUUGCAUAUAUUUAGAUACCUGCAGUUAUCCUUGCGGAUUUUGCGGUAUUUUAAAGACCCAUUUACCUUUAGUAAACCACUGAGUGAGCUCUCAAACAAACUAACAACAGCCGGGUGCCGUACGUAUCGGCCUUCUUUCUUUUCAUUGGCUCACGUCUGGAAAUGUCGACUGCUGAUAGGAUACAACAAAACAUUCUACCAAGCAUUUAGAUUGACUCGUUUGUUUAUCCCGGUAGAAUGACUGUGCAGUAGAAGUUCUGUAACUUUUUCCACAAAACACGCAAAUAUUAUUAUUAUUAUUAAGCAGUUGUGAACGCCUGUGCGAGUGCGGACCGACAGCGGGAUGGCUUCAUACUUUGACGAGCAUGACUGCGAACCGACCAACCCAGACGAGCAAUACCGGCAGAACGCUUUGCUUGAACUGGCCAGGUCUCUAAUGCAGGGCAUGGAUAUUGACAUGGGUCCAUUUGAAGUAUCAGACUGGGACCACCGCCUCCCUCCCCCCGCUGCCCGAGCCAUAACCCAGAACCUUCCGACCGUUGUCAUCACCCCGGAGCAAGCAGACAAGGGCUUGAAAUGUCCGGUGUGUUUGCUGGAGUUCGAGGAGCAGGAGACGGUGCGGAAGAUGCCCUGCGAACACUUCUUCCACGGCGGCUGCAUUCUACCGUGGCUGGGCAAGACCAACUCCUGCCCUUUGUGUCGCCUGGAGCUCCCAACUGACAGCCAGGAAUACGAGGAGUUCAGGAAAGAUAAGGAGAGGAGGAAACAGAAGGAACACAGGUUGGAGAAUCUACACGGAGCCAUGUACACAUGACCGGCAACGGACUCUGGUACGGACAUCCACACACACUGAGGGGCACCAAAACUGUGUGUGUGUUUUUUUUCACGUAUUUAAUUUUAAUUUACGGAAUCAGUUUUAAACACCGGGGCAUAGGACCGUUUUCAUAUUUAUAUACUGGUAUACAGGUGUAAAUGCAACCUAUGCUAUAAUGACAAAUAUAUUCAAGUUACUGUAUAAAGAUAUUUUGUGAAAUGUUAUAUGAAUAUGGAAAUGAAACCAUGUUAAAAAUGUGUACAAAAGUGGACCAAAGCAAAAGUGCGGUUUCAGAAUGGCAUGUAUGAACACAGGUAUACCUUCUAUACAAUAAUUCCAAUGAGGUUGUUUUAAAAAAAAAAAAAAAAAAAAAAAAAAUGUAAAUGAACUUAAGUUCUUUUGUGUUUUGUCAAAAACUGAAAUGGAGAAAAUUGUCAGCACCAAACAAUAUUAGCCUCUGAGCGUUUAUAUACACGAAGGGUCACACGCGGACAGCAGUUCAUGCACCUUUACACAUCGCCACCCAUCGGCAGAGACUCCGUUUGACAGACGGAACGAGAUCCUUAUCGUAUCGGAGGACUGAGUUGUCUCCGGAGGCUUCUGUGCAUUGAGUCGGGGGCCCGUGUAGGCCUUUGAACGAGGUGCGUGGGCUUAACGGAGGGGGGCGUCCAAGUCCGGCAGACGCUGCAGCCCUCUGGGAUUGGAGUUUUUGGCAUCCGGUUUCCACGGUCCCUUAGCCACGAUGCCAGGUAGUGCCGGCACAGGGGGAGAGUUAGCGCACCGCUAAAAAUAAGCUGCCGUUUUCACAUUACCAUGACACAGCGGGUUCCGAGCGGCGUGCGUUCAGCGCUCUGGCAACCCCGAGGCUCGGCGCGUCAGCAGCGCUGAGCGAGGGGAGCUGAAUUACAGUUCCAGGUCAGUGGCCGUGGUGCGGACAUUUUGAGAAUACCGGAGCUGUGACUCUUAUUAAAUCAGCUGGAGGACUGUGUGGCUGGCCAGCUGAGCUCUUCAGUCUAUGGAAUCAGUGCUGGGCUGUGUUCUCAAGGAUGGUCCAUUCACUGGGUUUAAAAAUGAACAGAACAAAAACCAUCUCCCCUGUGUCUAAAAAGAUGUAGUGGUGCAAUCAGUUUACAUUUAAAUGCCAGUGUAGAGGUGCACAUUCGUUCAGAGAGACAGCAACUCCGGGUGUUCAUUCAUAGGUUUUCAUUUAUUUGAAUUUGUAUUUGAAUAUAAAUCUCUUGAAAACUUAUACAAGUAACGUAAUAGCAGAUAAACUGUGUAUUUAUUCAAGCAGUUAUUAAAAAAAAAAAAGUAGAAGUGUUCUCUAUUAUUGUUGGUUUGAAUAUAUUUGGACACCAUUUGCCCUACCUCCAGUCAGUGAUAACAUAAAAUAGUAAAAAAAAAAAAAAA